AUGAAAGCUGUUCGGGUAACUUCCUGGGGCUCACCACCUGAAUACAUCACUGUUCCAGACCUUCCCCCACCCGAACCUACCCAGCUUCAGCUCCGGAUAUUGGCGGCCGGUGUUCCUCGCGUGACAAGAUUUCGUGCCGCAAAGGAUCACCCUAGCGCCUACAACGCAACUCUCCCAUUCGAUCCUGGUGUCGACGGUGUUGGCCUGGAUGAAACCACUGGAACCCGUUAUUUCAUUCAUGCCUUCGCCGCGCCAAUCUACGCUGAGCGUGCCAACGUCCUUCGCAGUCAACUCGUUCAACUAGAUGCCAACAUUGACCCUGUUAGCUUGGCUGGCCUCGCCAAUCCUGCAACUAGCAGCUGGAUGGCAUUGAAAUACCGGGCUAUCGGGGGCUGUAAAGGCCUCACAGUGGCUAUUGUCGGCGCCACAAGUGCCUCGGGCCGGCUCGCCGCUCUUAUUGCGCGUACUCUGGGGGCGACACGGGUAAUCGGCUUUUCGCGCAAUGCAGAUACCCUGGCUACAGUGGAGGGGCUUGACACCCGCGUUAUCCUGAAAGAGCCAUUGGUGUUGCCGGAUGACCUCGGCCCUGUGCAUAUCGUGCUUGACUAUGUUGGAGGGCCUAAUGGCGUAUCUCUGAUGGAAGCUGUGGAGAUUGAUCCUGGGAAAGAUCUGCAAUACAUUCUCACGGGUGGGCUGGCGGGUCAUAAGGAUGUGCACUUGCCUGCACAGCUGAUCAAUAAGCGACCGAUAAGGAUUAUGGCAUCUGGUAUUGGUAGCUUUAGCGGCGAGGACUUGAAGAGGGAGCAGAGCGCAUUGGUGGCGGCCGUUGCCAUGAUCAAACCCCCUUUUGACCUUUUUCCUACUUCGUUAGAAGACUUUCCGGCGGCUUGGAGUUCCGGGGACAAGGCUAAGAAACUAGUUGUAACCCCUUGA